UUUAUAGAUUGAACACUUUUUAAAGCAAAAUUUAAUCUUGUUCUGAUCAAGAUUUAAUCAGAAUAUUAUUCAGACUUAAUCUUCUUUCAUUUAUACAGAGAUGGAGGGGGUGGUUUCAGUGUUCCCAAGCGAGGGGAAAUCAUCUCUUCAUACAACUAGAUCUUGGGAUUUCAUGGAGACCUUAGAGGGCUUCAAUGGUCAUGACAAAGAUUUCAUUGCACAGAACGCAAGCUAUGGGGCCGAUAUUAUUAUUGGAAUGCUUUAUUCUGGUAUAUGGCCAGAAUCGAAGAGCUUCAGCGACGAAGGAAUGGGACCUGUAUGCAAGCGAUGGAAGGGAGUUUGUGAAGAAGGAGAAGCUUUCAAUUCCUCAAACUGCAACAGAAAGAUAAUCGGCGCGCGAUACUACCUUAAAGGCUACGAAUCCUACUACGGCGAACUCAACGUCUCCUACGCCUACCGCUCUCCUCGCGACCACGACGGCCACGGAACUCACACAUCGUCCAUCGCCGCGGGCCGCCCCGUCUCCGCCUCCUUCCUUGGCAGCUUCGCCGGUGGCACCGCUCACGGCGGAGCUUCUCUUGCCCGCCUCGCCAUCUACAAAGUUUGCUGGCCCAUUCCCGGCCCCAAUCCCAACCUUCAAAACACCUGCUUUGACGCGGACAUGCUCGCCGCCAUCGAUGAUGCCGUCGCUGACGGCGUCGACAUCCUCAGCAUCUCCAUAGGAGCCACCGGAAAGCCGCCGAGGUAUGCGGCGGACCCCAUUGCGUUAGGAACGCUGCACGCGUUGAAGAGAGGGGUGGUGGCUAUUUGUAGCGCCGGAAAUUCCGGUCCGGAGGCGGCGACGGUGGUGAAUUUGGCGCCGUGGGUGAUAACGGUUGCGGCCAGCAGUAUCGAUCGGGAGUUCGACGCGCCGGUUGUGCUUGGGAAUGGAGCUGUUAUUAUGGGUCAAAGCAUAUCACAGUACAACGAGAAGAUGAGGAAGGCCUACCCUUUAGUUUACGCAGGGUACAUAUUUUCUCCUCCCUCUUUAAUGAAUAUCAACAGGCAAUGCCUUCCGAAUUCUCUUGCGAGGGAGAAAGUGGAGGGGAAGGUGGUGCUGUGCUUAACCGGCACCGGGUACUGGGUGGCGAAGGGUGCGGAGGUGAAGAGAGCUGGCGGCGCAGCCAUGAUAAUCGGCAAUGGCGAGGCCAAAGAUAACAGCUUUCCGUUGGUAGCUUACGUGCUUCCGGCGUCGGCAGUUUCGAGGCGACAAGCGCUUCAAAUACGAAAGUACAUUUCGUCUGAUCGGAAUCCGACGGUGGUGCUUGGGAGAUCAAGAACUGUGGUCGGAGUUACUGGUGCGCCUGCCUUGGCUCCUUUUUCCUCGAGAGGACCUAAUUCUGUGGAACCUAAUAUCCUUAAGCCGGACAUUACAGCACCAGGGUUGCUCAUACUUGCUGCAUGGAGCGAGGUAUCUUCUCCCACAAAGUUUGAUGAUGAUCAUCGCAUCGUCAAAUAUAACCUCUACUCUGGAACAUCCAUGGCUUGCCCCCAUGCCUCAGCUACUGCCGCCCUCCUCAAGUCAGUUCAUCCUCAAUGGACCUCCGCUGCCAUCAGAUCUGCCAUUAUCACCACGGCAACUGUGAAUAAUGUCCAUGGAGAACCUAUGGUUGAUGAAGCUGGGGGGAUGGCUGGGCCCAUGGCGGUUGGGUCGGGCCAUCUUCGACCCAACCAUGCAGUAAACCCGGGCUUGAUCUAUGAUGCCACAUAUGCUGACUAUCUGCUCUUUAUGUGUGCUAGCACCAACAAGGAAAUUGACCCAUCAUUUCCCUGCCCAAAAAGACCAUCAUCGUCAUCUGAUCUGAAUCAUCCAUCAGUAGCAGUAACAGUCCCCUCAAAUGGUAGCAGUACCAUUGCAAUCAAUCGGGUCGUCACCAACGUGGGCCAAAAACCCGCCCGAUAUGAGGUUAGCAUUGUAGAGCCAUUAGGUUUCUCAGUGAAAGUCCAGCCGAAGAUCUUACAGUUCAAAAUGCAAGGAGAGAAGAAGAAGUUUCAAAUCACAAUCAGUGCCAAAUCAACAGUUGCAGGUAUCAGAAAAGUGCCAUUUGUUUCGGGUUCAUUUACGUGGUAUGAUGGGAUCCAUUAUGUAAGGAGUCCAAUUAUUGUGAAUGUCGCAUGA